CGUGUCAGGCCAAUAUGUCUGCCUCUGCCUGAUUUUAAAAUCUCGCCAUCGACUAAAUGUGUUGUUGCUGGAUGGGGAAAAACAUGGGAAAGUCUGUAUUUUUUUUUCUCUUACAGUGCUUUGCAAACAUAUUGGAAUCCCUGGACAUUUUAUUUUAUUGUGGUUGUAGAAGGGAUUUUAUAAAAUAGACAAAGAUUUGUGAAGUGGAGUGAAAAUGAUACAUGAUGUCUAAAUUAGCUGACAAAAUUAUAAAGGCUUUCUGUGCAUACAUGCAUGUAGCUCCUCUGAGUCAUUGCUUUACACAAACACAGGUCUGCAGGUCUUUUGGCACAAUAUCUUUAUCAGCUUUGCAAAUCUAUAAUUUGAAUUUUGAAAUUUUGAGAUACAGUUGGAUUGGAUUGAGAGCGUCGGUGAAAAGCAAUUAUCAAGUCUUUCUACAAAUUGUCAGUUGGAUUAAUUUGUUGCCCAGGCUUUUAUUUAGGUUGAUCAAAAUAAAGGGGGCUUAUUAGAUACAGACUUCCCAAUUUUUAUGUUUUAUUUUUUAAUCAAAUUGGAAGUUGCGUAUUGUAUUCGUUCCAGUUUACAAUUAAACGCCACAUUGCAUUAAAAUAUGUGGUUGCUAUGUGACAAAAUGUGAAAAAGUUCAAGGAGUUUGAAUGCUUCUGUACAAGUUAGUGUGUAACAAAUGAUUUACAAGCCAUCUGUAGCUUAUUUUUCUGCUAAAUAUCUUCUUCUGUUUUGAAGGAGGACACAUUCCUGCAGUCCUGAGAGAAGUCCACCUGGGUUUGGUGGAUCAAGCCAAGUGUAAAUAUGUCCAACUGAUGAUCAAAAGCUCAUUUCCAAAACAGAAACAAAAGUUCCUUGAUCCAGCCAUGACGAUUCUGUGUGCUGGAGCUGAGGGAGGAGGCAGAGACGCCUGCCAGGGAGACUCUGGCGGUCCUCUGGUAUGUCAGGCAGGGGCCGGAAGCGACCACUGGAUUGUGCUGGGAAUAACUUCCUGGGGUCAAGGAUGUGGUCGGAGCUGGGGAAUAAAAGGCAACCGGCAUCCGUCAAAGAAAGGGUCUCCAGGAAUUUUCACUGACGUCAAGCUGCUACUGCCCUGGAUCAAGCAGAAGAUGAGGGAGGCUGAGCAGCAACGACAAUCAACUUCAGGACUGUGUAGUGUGACAGAUGGCCCAGUAUCGGAUAGUGAAGGGGUGAUCAGGAACCCCACUUUCCCUGACACCUACUACGACAAUAACCAGUUGUGUUUGUGGAGCAUCGAGGCUCAUCCAGGUCACAGCAUUUUGCUAGAGUUUGAUCAUUUUGAUGUGGAAAACAGCUCGUAUUGUCAGUUCGACCGACUCACGGUUUCAGGGUCAAAGAACAGGCCUGUUGCAAUAUUCUGCGGUAAAUUACUACCAUCUCGAGUGCUUCUACAGAAUUCCCAGAAUGCAAUGCUGCUCUUCUCCUCUGACGUCAGUAGAGCAGGGCGUGGAUUUGCAGUCAGGUACCGUGGCUUCAAGGGACCCUUUCCUCCAGCAUGCGGGACUAUUGUUCUGGUGGAGGAUCAGAUUUCACUCCACACCCCAAAUUACCCACAGUCCUACAGUAAUGACUGUGUACUCCGCUGGGUCAUCUAUGCUCCUCUGGGACAUCUAGUUAAGCUGACGUUUGCUGAUUUUGACCUGGAGGAGUCGGAGAGAUGUUUGCCUGAUUCACUGACAGUUCUGGGAGACGUUGAAGGAAACAAAGAGAUUGCUGUGUUGUGUGGCGGCAGCAUUCCCACUCCGGUCCUCUCCUUCAGCAGCAUCAUGGUGCUUCAUUUCACCUCAGACAGCCGUAUCACUCACAGGGGCUUCAGCGCAGGACUGACCUUCAUCAGGAAGGAAGAUGGAACCUGACUGGUGUAGCAGGCGCCCCAUGUACAGAGGCCUUCAUUUCUUGAUACAGCAAUCGGGGGUAUGACUCCUGACCCCUGGACCUUUCUUUUGAGGAACUGUAAAUUUUAAAAAUUUAAAUAUUUCUUCUAAUUCUUUUAGAUUAAAUGUGUGUGGCAGUGUUUUUUAUCACCCUUAUAAGUUUUAAUGGACACAAAUGACUUUUCCUUUUCUUGUCUGAUAAAUCUUCUUUAUACCAAAACAAUCAUUCCUCUUUCAGUUGUUUUUUAGUUUUUCUUGUUUCCUUUGUCUCUCAGCUCUCCUUUCUGAAUGUCUCCAGUGUAAACUCUCACCACACCCAGAGGCUUGGAGACCUUGGUCUUGCUUUUCCCCUAGCUGUAUGUCUUUCUUCUCCCAGUUUGUGAAAGUGGAACUCCACCCACUGAGAUUUGCAGUGACUCAUACAAGGUGUAGGUAGCAGGUGUGGUUGAUGUGGUCUCUUAUAGAAGCAAUUCGAAAUUUUGAGAUUUCUUAGAUUAUGGACAUUGUUUUUAAUGCAGAUAUUCUGACAAAAACCAGCUAAGACAUUUACAAUGUAUGUUUUAGUAACAGUGAAGCUUUUGGUUUAGAAUGUGUGUAAGCUACUAGUAUUCAUAAUGCACAAGGAGCAGGAGGUACUUUCUAAUGCUUUCUCACUCUUAUUUUUUUUAAAAUGUAUUUAUUUAUUUUUUGGCUUUCAUGUGAUUUUGGUUUGUCUGCCCACAGCAGUGCUGUUUGUCAGCCAAAUGAUAUUCUGUUUUGCUAGCUUCUCUGGAAACCAGUGAGCGCAGUGCUUGCUGAGGAUAACUUGGCAGAAAUAGUGACCACUUCAGGCAACAGCACAUCCGUGUUGCAACUACAAAGUCUGUGUGUUUCCAAACAUUUUCUGUCUGGCAUUCCAGAAUAUUUUAUUAUAUUUCCUACGUUUCUGUGGAUGUAAGAUGCCUACGCAUACCUAAAAAUGUUAUAAAUGGGUAUUUGCAAUUUGUUUGUAGUAAAGAAAGAGAUGAGCUUAGUUUUUUUCAGUGACUCUGUAUUAGGAAAUAAUCAUAUCUUGGCAAAGCAAUGACUCAAAACUUAAACUUAAAGCUUUAACAUCUGACCUCAAGUUUUGGUGCUGAGGUAAGAAGAAAACUUUGUUUUACGGCUCCCUCUACUGGCACAUCUGAGAAACUACAGUGUUAGUUUUGAAGAAUUUCCUAAACAAAUGCAUUCUAUUUUUUCAAAAAUAUUUUUUGUGUUAAAAUAUAAUAAAAAAUAGACGUUUAUUCAUUUUCAGCUGAAGUUAUAGUAAAAUUUAUUUCCUCUUUGCCUCAAUGAUGGGUGUAAGAUUUUUUAGGUUCAGAUCAGGACAAACCUAACAGCGUCAUCUUCCCUCCUGCUCUGUUUCUUUUCCUGCUCAUUUUACCAUCUAAAACAACUGGUUGUGCUGGUUGUAAGCAGUCUCACCAUGUGCCUGCAUGCCUUGCUCAACAGACUUGGUGCCAUUUCUUCACAAAUUAACUAAGAGUUGUACAUAAGUUGUUUGAGACUUAUUUAUAACUGUAUCAUUGUUUUUUCUUAAGAUAAAUAUGUGUUGAAGUGUCACGUUCUUUAGGGAAUAGUAACUUAAUUUAAAAAAAAAAAUCUUCAUCUCUUUGCUUAAAGGAACUUUUGUCUUGCAGAUUCAUUCAAGCAGCAGUCCAGAAGCAAAGCUCUCACCCAUUAAGUGUUGAGAAACAAGAGUCCAAGAGCGGAUCAAAGAUUUCAUGCUGGAAGGAAAUCAGAUCACGAAGAGCACAGGGGUGAAUCCUCAGGAAAUUGACACCUGUUGCUGCAAUGAGACUCAUCUUCAUUUAGAAAGGGAGAAACUUGAAUUGAUCAACCACUUUCUGUUCAAUCUCUGCUUGGUAUUUCAGGGGAAGCAUAAAAAACAUUGUUUACAUGUUGAUGUACCUGUGUAAAAAUAAUCUGGUGUCAAGACUUGUUAAAAACGAAAUGCAACUUUUGUUGAAAUAGAGUUUUCACAAUGUUCAUAGUCGCAUUUCUAUUAAUUGCAAUAAAGGAUAUUAGUUGAUUCCACCAUUAUA